GAUCAGAAAAGAGAAGAGAGGUAGAUAGCUCCGAGCCUCCACCAUAUGUGAUUGAGUUUUGAGGUUUGUGGGAGAGAAGAUAAAAUGGAAGGAAUUAUAAGUUUCAUCUCAACAACUGCAGUUAGACCGGCGAGUCGGGAGGAGUCAACCAAGAGGAUUGAGUUAACUCCAUGGGACCUCCAUGUUCUUCUACUUGGUCCUAUCACAAGGGGUCUUCUCUUUCUCAAGCCUACACCCGGACCAGAGGAGAAUGGAUUACAAACCAUGACUGCUAUUGUAGAUCAUUUAAACACCUCACUUUCUCGCACUCUGGACUUCUUCUACCCACUCGCCGGCCGCCUUGGUACCACUGUAAACGACGACGACGACACCACUUGUUUCUUCAUCGACUGCAACGGCGCCGGAGCUCAGUUUAUCCAUGCAGCGGCCGGCGGUGUCACCGUGGCCGAUAUACUCGACCCUGUCUAUGUUCCUGAGAUUGUGUCUUCUUUUUUCUCGCAAGAUAAAGUUCAGAACUACCAAGACGUUACCCAGCCGCUGCUCUCGGUGCAAGUGACGGAGCUGGUGGACGGGAUCUUUGUUGGUUGCACCCUCAAUCGUGUGCUGGCGGAUGGAAAGUCCUUCUGGCAUUUCUUCAAUUCGUGGUCGGAAAUCUCUCGGGGUUCCAAUAAAAUAUCCCUAUCUCCUGUUUUCAAGCGUUGGUUUGGGGAUGAUACCCACUACCCCAUACGAAUUCCUCAGUCAGCUAUGGUCUUUGAGCGGCCCACCACAUCAUCGCCAGUUCAAGAAAUGUUUUUUCACUUCUCAAAAGGAAAAAUUGCAGGGUUGAAAGCAAGAGCAAAUGCAGAAAUGGGCACCGACCGAAUUUCUUCUUUGCAGGCGCUGAUGACCCAUUUUUGGCGCUCCACAAUUCGUGCUAGGCAUCUCCCCGAGGAUCAAGAGACUAUUUGUACAUUAGCAAUAGAUAUGAGACCGAGGCGACAUCCACAGAUGCCCCAACAAUACUUUGGGGUUGCAGUUCAGGGCGGGGUCGUAACAAUGAAAGUAGGGGAGCUGCUGGGGAUGGGGCUGGGUCAUGUGGCUUGGCAAAUGAACAAGAUUAUUUCUACCUUCACUGAAGUAAAAGCCACCAACUUCUUGAAAUCUUGGGCGAAAGACCCUAAGCCGGCUACAGAUAGCACCAUAAUGAUGAGAAUUGCUUUGAUCAUGGCCGGUUCGCCGCGGUUCAAAGUAUACGGCAAUGAUUUUGGUUGGGGAAGGCCAGUUGCGGUUAGAGGUGGAGGUGGGAUCAAGUUGAAUGGAAAGGCCACCAGUUUCCAAGGAGCAGAAGAAGGGAGCAUUGAUAUUGAAGCUUGCUUAUCGCCUGAGACCUUGAAGGCUCUGAUGGAAGAUGCAGAGUUCAUGGGAUGAUGGAAGCUGUCACCGCUUCAUCUUAAUUUCUUUCUUUCACGAUAAUCUUAGGCCUUGCUUUCAGGAAGUUUGCUUUGAUUUUGCUUUUCUCCAUCUACGUAUUUACAUUUCCUACAUGUACUUCAACGGUUUAGAUUGCAUUUUCAUAGGGAUCAAUUCCGAUCGUAUAAUUUUCCUUCAAAAUAUGUAUUACUAAUUUAAAUAUAUAGUCCAUCAUUAA